CCGGAAAUUCCUUUUUAAAUAUGGCGGUGUGCUAAGGAAAGUCAUUAUUGCACCUUUGCCAUAAAUUUAAACAAAAAAGACUAUAAAAAUUAUAAGAUGUUUAAGCGCAAACAGGAUGUCGACAAGCAUGUAAAUGCUGUAUUAUCAAGAAAACGGGAUGACAAAGAGAAAAGUCUUCAAGGUUUUCAAAUUGCAAAGCUUUAUGUAGAUGUCAAGGAGUAUGCCACAGCUAGAAAAUAUUUGUCAGGAUUUCUAAAAGUACGAGAAGAUGUUCCACAGGCCUAUCAACUUCUUGGAGACAUUAACAUUGCCCUAGGGAAUAAAGAAGAUGCGCUGGAAAAUUAUAAAAAGGCAAUAUCUCUAGGUGGUGGCUUUGUAGGUUCCAAUCGCUCACUGGUGAAAAAAGUAUGUGAGCUGUGUUGUGAGUUAGAUGUUGAUGGUCAGAUGAUGAAGUUCUGGCUAGAAAAGUGUGAACUGCUUUGCCCACGUGAUGAAAUCAUUUAUAAACUAAAGGCUAAAGUGUUAGAAACAGUCAAUGGCCAUGAUAAUGUUGACAAAGAAAAUCUGAUUGCAUCUGAGCUGAUCAAUCAGCCAACUAACUUGAGCCUGCGCAUUAAGCUCCUGAAUUCUUACAUGGAGUCUGGGAAAUACGAUGAAGCCUAUGACAAUGCUGUGAGCACUGACUUGACAACAGCCUUUAUAGAUCAGCUGCAGUGGUUUGAAACAUUGAGUAUUGUAUUCCAAGAGUACAGCAGUAAACAUCAAGACUCUCAGUCAGAUCCAGGGCAUAAUGAGCACCUCUUGCACAUUUUAAGAAACCUGUCUUACCUCAGCCUGUGGAAGAAAGAUAUACAGGAAUGUGUCCUUGCUUUAACCAGGUUUGACAGACAAUUAAAGAAAGCAUAUUCAAUUGCUAAUCAAGAUGAGUCUUGGACUGCCAUGUUAAAGGAGAUGAAAGGACAGCUGUUCUUUUUGUCUGGCUUGCUGCUGUUGAAGAAAGCCCAGAAUGGUCAACUUAAGUGGCAAGAAGCCAAUCAUCUAGCUGGAGCAUGUUUUUUGGCAAGCCGCAGUGUGGAUCCAUUAGAUGCCCAGGCUCCAUGGUUUGUGACAGCUCCUCAGGACCAUUCCAAAUUCUAUAGUUGGUGGCAUUUACAGAGUUAUGAUAGGCUUUCUCAAGUUGGUCAUAUGCUGCUGAGGCUCUCUCAGGGUGAACUUACAGACUGGACAAGAACUGUCAAGCAGCAAGUUAUGACAGCCGUAGGGCACCAAAAAGUUUUCAAGACUCUCUUCUUACCCAGGGACCUGAAGGAACAAGGACAGUUAUCUUUCUUCUACCAAGCUUCUGAGAUGUCUGAUUCAUCGGAUAGCAAGGAGCCUCUGACAGAGAGGCAAAUGUUGGAAAUUGAUAGAGUGGCCUACCAAGUACAUCUGAAUGAUCUCUCUCAUUUGGUCUGGUUAUGUCUCCAGCGUUAUUCUCCUGACAAAGAAGCCCAACCAAACUAUCAUUUCAGCAUACUGGAGAACAUUCAGCACAGCGUGAAAAAUUUGGACAACUCUGGAGCUGAGACGUUAUGUCAGCUGGAUUUAUUGGUGUUUCUUCUGGCCACAGUGAAAUGUGCUUCCAGCGCUCUCCGAGAAAAUAAGUACUUGUAUGAUGAGCAUUCUGGACAGCCCACACUGCUGCCAGUUUGUUUAAGUAAGCCUUUGUGCACACUUGAGCAGUCUGAGUGGUGGUCUGCGGCUUACAAGUUUUGUACCAACACUGUCAAGGAAGAUUUCUCAAAGCUAAGGAGAAUCCUUAUCAGAGGUAUAGAGACAGUCAGGCUGAUUGGGUCUCAUGGAAUGUCCAUCUCUAUGACAGUUCAUAUUGCUAAGUCACUUGAUGCUAAGGUGAAAAGCAUCAAAAAGUCAGAGUUUGGUUGUCGUUGUCCAGCAUAUGAGCUCACUGCUUUGGAAAGUAGAGCUGCCUACUACUGGGAGAAGGUCAAAUUUAUGCUAGAAAAGUUACAUAGAAACCAGUAUACUCCUGUACCUAAGCAAAGACUUUUCAAAGAGGUGGGUGACAGUGAUGUCGAUCUGCCGCCACGAUUGAUUGACAAAUUCACUGCAGAGUCCAACUUUGCUCUGGCUUUGGUGGCUAUGAACAGUGGAAUGUAUGAGAAAGCGUUGGAAGGAUUUUCCACUCACAGAUCGCCUUGGGCAAAGUACCAUUCUGCACAGAUCUUUAAACUGUUAGCUGAACAAGAAGACAGAAAUGAUGGUUCCGAAGAUAGCAGUAUCAAGAAGCAGGCUCUGCUGAAUAAAGCCAGAGAUUGUCUCUAUGAUGUGUUGGACAGACUUGGCGGAGACAAGAGCCAUCAAUUGAACACUCUGGUGUCCAAUGAUUUGGAUGAUAUAGAGACACUUAUCCAUGGUGCUGAAUAUGAAGAGAGAGAAGCCAGUACCAGUAGCUCUUUCCAUACACCCUCCAAGUUCCCCAAUGAAUUAAGGGCUACACCUAGCACCAAUGGUCUGGUCCACAGCACCCCCAGGAACUUCUUGUUGGAGGCUGAUGAACAGGAUUCUGGAAAAAGCAAUGUGGAAACUAAUACUGGCAGAAGAGAACACAAUGUUUCAUCUUCCACUGACCAUUACGACAGGCCCAGGCCCUCGCCAGAACGUCUUGACUCUCAGAUCAGGUCACUGAGCUACAGCCAGACGUCUCUGUUUAAAAUGGUUCUGGACAGGAAUGAGGAGCUGAUCAUGAUCAACGGGAAGAUGAUGGAGGAGCUCCGAGACAAUAAUGUCCAGCUGAAAAAUGUCUUGACUGAAAAUAAAUCACUCAUGGAAGAGUUGAAGAAUUUCUUAGUUGAAAACAGAGAUAUGAUGAAAGAAAUGAAGUCUGAGUUAAAUGCUCUCAAGGUCAGUCACCUUCCUGGGCCAACACCUCCCAUCCCACCAGCACCUCCACUUUUUGUGCCCCAGAUUCCUGCUGCUGGUCCACCUAGACCUUUUCCUAGCUACCCACCUCCGUCGUAUGGUGGCUAUGUGAUCAAUUCUCCUGUGCCCCAGCCUCAAGCUCCUCUGAGUGCUGCUGGGCCUACAUAUCGUCCAAGUGGUCUGCCAGGGUCAAGGACUUCCAAUGUAGGAAAGUACAGGCCGCAGUCAGAGGAGGAUGAAGAAGAGGAGGAUGACUUGAGUAACAUUGAGAGGGAGUAUUUUGAACAUGAGCAGUCCUAUAAUCAGUACUUUACACCCGAGGCACAGAUCAUUCAAGAUUGGUCAGUUACCAGCAGGCCUGGGAUAGAAAGUCAACCUCCCAUGUCAAUUCCACCUUUACAGCCAAGAAUGAACAUACCUGCCCCUGGUUAUUUUGCAUCUGCACUAAGAGGUCAAGCCCUACAGUAUACCCAGAAUACACCUGUGCAGCCUCUGCCAUAUGCACAGAAUGCUCCCGGUCAGCCUCUGCAGUAUGCGCAGGCUACUCCCGGACAACCGGUGAAGGCCACACCUGGUCCAGGGUUUUUCUCUUCCCCGGCAUUAGUUACCACACCAGUUGUGCCAAUAUCCACACCUAGCAGCGCCAAACCUAGUGAUGCAUCCUCCUCACCAGCUUUGAUGGCAGCUUUGACUUCUCAUGGGUCCAUAACAAAAGGUAUAUCCACAACAGUCAGCAGCACAACCCCUGAAGUUGGAGCAUCAACUCAAAGUGAAUCCAGAGUUAAAAGUCUGUUCCAAGCUAGAGCAGUCCUGGAGCCAAAGAAGACAUCAGGGAACAUGACUAUCUACUUUGACUCCUUCAGCAACCGAGCCACAGUUUUAAUGAUGAGUGAUAAUAAAGAAAUUCUCUUUCACCAUGACGUCAAUGCUCUGCGUAUUGAGCCAUCAUUUAAUCCUACACAUGUCAUCUGGACUGGCAUUAAAGUUGGAUCCCAGGACUCGCAGAAGAUCACUGUAAGCUUGGAGAAUGCAGCUCUAGCGAGUCAGCUCAAAGAGGCUCUUCUAAAAGCUGCACAAUUAAUACAGCCCAAAGUUCCUGCCACGCAAGUUGCUACUCCAUCUGCUGGCAUUGGAAGUAUUUUUGCUCCAGCAGCCACAACAUCCAGCACCCCAGGCUCCCAAAAGACAUCAUCUACAACUUUUGGUGGCUUCAGCUUCAACACAAAGCCAAUCGUUCAAGAAAGUAAAGCCCAACCUGCGACUCCAGUCCCUAAUAAACCAUCACCUGCAGGUGCAACUUCUAAAGAUGCUGCACCCAAACCAUUCGCUGGCUUCACUUUGACUCCAUCUUCCCUUGGUACUAAGUCUGAGGGUUUAUUUUCAGUUCCUGCUAAAGCUGACUCAACAACUCCUGCAGCAAGCAAGCCUCCAUCAGGUCCUUCAACUCCUGUGAGUAGCAAGUCAGCUUCUGGUCCAUUAAAGAGUCCAGCAGCUGUGACCAAAAGUCCAGGGGGCCAUGAAGAUGAUCACGUUGAAGACUAUGAGCCGAAUGUGGACUUUAAACCAGUCAUCUCACUGCCAGAGUUAGUGGAGAAGAAAACUGGAGAGGAAAAUGAAACUGGGGUAUUUGUUGAAAGAUGUAUGUUGUUCCGCUUCGACCAUGACAGCAAACAGUGGAAAGAGAGAGGUGUGGGGGAAUUGAAAAUUUUAAAGAGCAAAGACAGAUUGAAGUAUAGGAUUGUGAUGAGAAGAGAUCAGAUUCUGAAACUGUGUGCCAACCACACUCUCAAUGCUAAUCUAAAACUGACUCCCAUGGCAACGUCCGACAGAGCCUGGUGCUACUCUGUCAUGGACUUCUCUGAAGAGGAGAUGAAAAUGGAACAGUUGGCAGUCAAAUUUAAAACCGCUGAGAAAGCCAGUCUGUUCAAAACAGUCUUUGAAGAUUGCUGUCAGCAGCUGCAAGCUGCAGAAGAAAGUGCUGAUGCCAAAGAAGAAAGCUCUCUAAAGGAGCAGAGCAAACCAGUUUCAACUAAUGUAACUGAUUCCAACAAUUCAACUAAUGCUAAACCUCUAAGUGAACUCUUCAAGCCCAAAGCUGGGGCCUGGGAGUGCCAAGGUUGUUAUAUCAGAAACAAUACUGAUGUCCUGAAGUGCCCUGCAUGUGGCACUACUAAACCUGGAGCUGUGCAGUCUACAGCGCCUGUUAAACCUGCUACUGAAGCUGUCAAGCCUUUGAGUGAACUGUUCAAACUCAGCACAGGCACCUGGGAGUGUGGUGCCUGCUUGGUCAGAAAUAAGGCUGAUGUGGUCAACUGUGCAGCUUGCAAUACUUUGAAGCCAGGUGCAAAAGUUGAAAGUACACCCAAGACAGGAGCUAGUGGGCUUGCCUCAGGCUUAAGCUCUGGAUCUGGCGGUACUGGCUUCAAGUUUGGUUCAGCAAGUACACCAUCAGCUGGAGGCUUUGGUUUGUCCUCUUCUGCUACUAAUGCCACAUCUUCGGGUUUCAUAUUUGGUGGCCCUGCAGCUAGUGCUGGAGCAGCUGCUCCAACAGGAGGCUUUAAGUUUGGUGCCCCUUCAACUAGUGCUGGAGCACCUGCUCCAACAGGAGGCUUCAGCUUUGGCCUGGCCAGUACAACAACUGCUUCUUCAACCACCACGACAACUGCUACAUCUACCACCACCACGACCUUGACAACAACAUCUUCUGGAUUUAAGAUUGGUGCAACAGCUUUUCCUACAACCACCAACUCAAGUCUAAGUGGAACAUCUACUGUAACCCCAACGGCCACCCCUAGUUCAAGUGGUUUUAAAUUUGGAGCUUCAGCACCUUCAGAGUUCUCCUUCAAAGUGAACUCUGCAACUCCAGCUCAGCAGCCCACUGGGAAGUCAGAGUUUGUGUUUGGGACUCCAGCCAAACCCUCCACUGUACCUAACACGAGCAGCUUCUCUUUUGACAAAUCUACCCCUAAAGAAGCCACCAAAGGUCCAGACACAACAGGCCUGCUGGCUAAACUACUUACAUCAGAAGAUACGCCUGUUGCAAGCAAAUCUCAAACUGGGUUUAACUUCACCAUGCCCUCCAAGUCAAAUACUUCACUAUCCAAUGGUCAGCCGUCUACCCCAGGGUUCCAGUUCUCAUUCAACAAGUCACCAGUCAAGUCUGGUGUGCCAGAGUCUCCAGAGGUGGAUGAGCAGGGCUUGUACGUGAACAAAGAGGGGGAUGACUCUCAUAUACACUUUGAGCCAGUUGUAGCACUUCCUGACAAAGUGGAGGUGAAGACAGGAGAAGAAGAUGAGACGAUAUUGUUUGAGUCAAGGGGUAAGAUGUACAGGUUUGUCUCUGGCGAGUGGAAAGAGAAAGGAGUUGGUGUAGUGAAAAUACUGGAGCACAAAAUCAACAAGAAGACCAGAGUCUUGAUGAGAAGGGAUCAGGUUCUAAAGAUUUGCUGUAACCACAUUAUUGAUUCAGCAAUAAGUCUGCAGCCAAUGGCCAAGAGUGAUGGCAAAGCAUGGGUCUGGUAUGCUCUGGAUUUUACUGAAGAAGAAGGUCAAAUGGAGCAGUUGGCUGUUAGGUUUAGAACAGCAGAGAUUGCAUCUGAAUUUAAAACUGUAUUUGAAAAAUGUUGUGCCAAUGCUAAUUCUACAAGUCCUGCUAAACAGCAAGUGGAACAGUCUGCUAGCGUUACUGUGAAGAAGGAGCUUUUCAAAGUAGAUGAUAAUACCUCCGAUGAUGUUGUCUUUGUGGGGGAAGACAAACCAACCCAGGAGCAGGUCCUCAAAGCUCGCCAGUACCUCCUGCCAGACACUUUCUACUUGUAUGAGAACAAAUCUCCAUGCCCCGGCUGCAUAGGCUGUAAUGAUGGGGAGUUGCCUGCUACAGCUUCUAGUACAGUUGCUACAUCUAAGGCUACACCAGAACCAAAGUCAGUGGCUGCACCAGUGGCUACACCAGUAGCUUCAUCAGCAGCUACAUCGGCUCAGAAAAAAGAUUCUCAAGUCAAAGCGGCAGUGCCUUCAUUGUUUGGUGAAGACAGCGCUGGUAAAAGUAGCUUUAUGUUUGGUUCUAAUGUGACUGUGGACUUUUCAAGCCUGGCUUCAAGUACAAGUGCUCAAGGGUUUACUUGGAAGAAAGCUGAGUCCUCGUCUCCAUUUCAUUUUGCUGGUGCUGGUCAGAAACUGUUUGGAGGGGGAACUAGUAGUAGUCCAUCUGGGGGUGGAGCUAAGACAGAAGAGAGUGAGGAGGGUGAUGACACCGCCGUGGCACCAAGUGAUGAUAUUCAUUUUGAACCUGUUAUACCAUUACCUGAUUUGGUGGAAGUCAAAACAGGGGAAGAGGACUGGAGCCCAUUAUUCUGUGAAAGAGCCAAACUUUACAAGUUCGACAAGAGUCUUGGUCAGUGGAAGGAGCGUGGUAUUGGAGAUAUGAAGAUAAUGAAACACACGAUGAAAAUCAUGUUUAGAAUCUUGCAGCGUAGGGAACAGGUUCUCAAAGUCUCCUGUAACCACUUGAUAUCUGUUGACAUGGAUCUGAAGCCAAUGGCUACCUCUGAAACAGCCUGGUGUUGGGUAGCUACAGAUUACACAGAUACAGAGCCCAGCAUUGAACAGUUUGCUGUCAAAUUUAAGAAUAAAGAGUUGGCCAGCAAGUUUAAAGACAUAUUUGAGCAAUGCCAACGAGAUCUUCAAGCAGGAGAACAAGUGACACCUGACCAAGAGGGAGUCUCUAAAAUACACAAAAACACAACUCAGUUGUUCUCUCUACAUGUUAGUCAACAAGGCACUACUGAUCUUACUAAGAAAACUAGCUUGAUGUACAAACCUUUUGCUGAGACAGAAAGUACAUAUCAUUUUGUGACUCCACUUGGUGAUAAAGGCAAUAGACACCACACAAAAGCAUUGGAUGUGUCUGGACAGGAUGAAAUAUUAUCUGCAUCAUACACACCUUUAGGUGGAGCCAAGGAGCCAUCUUUGAAGUCCACAUUUGUGACUCCACUUGGUGAUAAAGGCAAUAGACACCACACUAAAGCAUUGGAUGUGUCUGGACAAGAUGAAAUAUUACCUGCAUCAUACACACCUUUAGGUGGAGCCAAGGAGCCAUCUUUGAAGUCCACAUUUGUGACUCCACUUGGUGAUAAAGGCAAUAUUCACCACACAAAAGCUCUGGAUGUGUCUGGACAGGAUGAAAUAUUACCUGCAUCAUACACACCAUUAGGUGGAGCCAAGGAGCCAACUUUGAAGUCCACAUUUGUGACUCCACUUGGUGAUAAAGGCAAUAUUCACCACACAAAAGCAUUGGAUGUGUCUGGACAAGAUGAAAUAUUACCUGCAUCAUACACACCUUUAGGUGGAGCCAAGGAGCCAUCUUUGAAGUCCACAUUUGUGACUCCACUUGGUGAUAAAGGCAAUAGACAACACACAAAAGCAUUGGAUGUGUCUGGACAAGAUGAAAUAUUACCUGCAUCAUACACACCUUUAGGUGGAGCCAAAGAGCCAAGUUUGAAGUCCACAUUUGUGACUCCACUUGGUGAUAAAGGCAAUAGACAACACACAAAAGCAUUGGAUGUGUCUGGACAGGAUGAAAUAUUACCUGCAUCAUACACACCUUUAGGUGGAGCCAAGGAGCCAACUUUGAAGUCCACAUUUGUGACUCCACUUGGUGAUAAAGGCAAUAUUCACCACACCAAAGCAUUGGAUGUGUCUGGACAGGAUGAAAUAUUACCUGCAUCAUACACACCUUUAGGUGGAGCCAAGGAGCCAUCUUUGAAGUCCACAUUUGUGACUCCACUUGGUGAUAAAGGCAAUAUUCACCACACAAAAGCAUUGGAUGUGUCUGGACAAGAUGAAAUAUUACCUGCAUCAUACACACCUUUAGGUGGAGCCAAGGAGCCAUCUUUGAAGUCCACAUUUGUGACUCCACUUGGUGAUAAAGGCAAUAGACAACACACAAAAGCAUUGGAUGUGUCUGGACAAGAUGAAAUAUUACCUGCAUCAUACACACCUUUAGGUGGAGCCAAAGAGCCAAGUUUGAAGUCCACAUUUGUGACUCCACUUGGUGAUAAAGGCAAUAGACAACACACAAAAGCAUUGGAUGUGUCUGGACAGGAUGAAAUAUUACCUGCAUCAUACACACCUUUAGGUGGAGCCAAAGAGCCAAGUUUGAAGUCCACAUUUGUGACUCCUCUUGGUGAUAAAGGCAAUAUUCACCACACAAAAGCUCUGGAUGUGUCUGGACAGGAUGAAAUAUUACCUGCAUCAUACACACCUUUAGGUGGAGCCAAAGAGCCAAGUUUGAAGUCCACAUUUGUGACUCCACUUAGUGAUAAAGGCAAUAGACACCACACAAAAGCUCUGGAUGUGUCUGGACAGGAUGAAAUAUUACCUGCAUCAUACACACCUUUAGGUGGAGCCAAGGAGCCAAGUUUGAAGUCCACAUUUGUGACUCCACUUGGUGAUAAAGGCAAUAGACACCACACAAAAGCUCUGGAUGUGUCUGGACAAGAUGAAAUAUUACCUGCAUCAUACACACCUUUAGGUGGAGCCAAGGAGCCAACUUUGAAGUCCACAUUUGUGACUCCACUUGGUGAUAAAGGCAAUAGACACCACACAAAAGCAUUGGAUGUGUCUGGACAAGAUGAAAUAUUACCUGCAUCAUACACACCUUUAGGUGGAGCCAAGGAGCCAACUUUGAAGUCCACAUUUGUGACUCCACUUGGUGAUAAAGGCAAUAGACACCACACAAAAGCAUUGGAUGUGUCUGGACAGGAUGAAAUAUUACCUGCAUCAUACACACCUUUAGGUGGAGCCAAGGAGCCAUCUUUGAAGUCCACAUUUGUGACUCCACUUGGUGAUAAAGGCAAUAGACACCACACUAAAGCAUUGGAUGUGUCUGGACAAGAUGAAAUAUUACCUGCAUCAUACACACCUUUAGGUGGAGCCAAGGAGCCAUCUUUGAAGUCCACAUUUGUGACUCCACUUGGUGAUAAAGGCAAUAGACACCACACUAAAGCAUUAGAUGUGUCUGGACAAGAUGAAAUAUUACCUGCAUCAUACACACCAUUAGGUGGAGCCAAGGAGCCAACUUUGAAGUCCACAUUUGUGACUCCACUUGGUGAUAAAGGCAAUAUUCACCACACAAAAGCAUUAGAUGUGUCUGGACAGGAUGAAAUAUUACCUGCAUCAUACACACCAUUAGGUGGUGUUGAGCAGCCUGUUGCAAGUAAAGCCCCAGCUCCGACAGAAGGAGUGACUGUGGUAGAGGCUGAUGAAGGUCAAGGAGACUAUGGAGAGUACAAUGAGGAGGAGGAGGAGGAAGAUGGAGACAAAGUUCUUCUAGACAAAAGAGUGACUCUCAGUUCUUUCGAGAAUGGCUCAUGGAAGAAACUGAGUGUUGGGACUCUGCAAGUGAAAUUCAAUGAAGAUGUUGGUGGCCACUCAGUGGAGUUUAUGACAGACAAUGGAGAGAGAAUGUGUAACCAUGUCAUCUGUCAAGAACAUCAUGUUCACAUCGAUGUCAAAAAGCACACUUGUGAGUGGCAACCCAUCGACUAUUCUACAGAUGAACCAAUCAGGAAACACUUCUCUGCCCAGUUUAGCUCAGCUGCUUCAGCUGAAGAGUUUGCCCAAAUAUUUCAGGAGGGCCAACAACAAGCCGCAGAGUUUGGGAUCUCCGAGAAUGUCCUCAAUGAAAUAGAUGUCCCAGAAAUAUUUUCAGGAGGAGCUUUGACUCAUUAAGGUCAAGUGAGAUGUGUUACUGUCCUGAUCUCAAUGAAACUUAAUUGUGUACAAACUCUAAUGUUUAUAUAUAGUAUGUUGUUUGUUUCAAAUGGACUUACACAAUGACAAAACUUGAAAUAUGUCCCAUACAUAAGGAAAUUUAGCAUUCAUUAUCCAUGAUAUUGUCAUAGCAGAGAUCUACAACUUUGUACAUUGUAUGUAGUGUAAGCUUUUUACCAGAGUUCUGUACCAUGUAUUUUCAAUAGCAAGGUAUCACUAUAUAGUACUACAUGUAUUGGACAUUGAGAAUUGAAUUAUGACAUUUGCAUUCAUCAUUCCACAUGUCUAAGCUGAUCCUGGAUCUAGUUCUUUAACAUCUACGCUUUCUUUUAAUGGCUUAAUGUAACUUCUAAUAGAAUUAUGUGUUUUCGGCAAUUACGAUGUACUGCUCUGGCCAAUGGAAUCUUAUAAAAUAUUUUAGUCUUUACUUUGUUCUGUAGUGGCUAAACACAACAAUGUUGCUUAGCGUUGGCACAUUUUUUGUUUUUUUUAUUUCUUUCUGAGACACUGGCAGAGCUUGACUGCACUGUGGUUUUAGUUAACAAUCAGCUGUAGGUUCUAACUAGGCUCGAAAAUUAUUUUCUCCAAUCAUUUGGGGGUUAGGGUUACCCUUGCAAAGGCCUCACUCAUUACCUGCAUGGAUAUAAUAUUAGUAUGGCUACUCUAUUGGGCACUAGGAGUUUUUUUGUGUGCUUUCAACUGUGAAUAAUCAUUAUCACUGACAUUUUUUGACCAAAAUAAAACAGUGAACUGCUUAUUCCAAUCAUUUCAUUGCUUCCAAAUAAUUAUUUUUUUAUUUGUCUAAUAAAAAUAGUUUGGUCAUUUGAGUUUGAAAAUUAUAGCAGUGGUUCUCAAAACUUUGCAUUUUUUUUAAAUAAAAUUUAUUUGGCUUGAGACUUCAGUUACUUUGUAAAAAAAAAUAAUUAAAAAAUGGAAGAAUGACCUUUGGAGUCAUGACCUGAGAUUUGAGAACUACUUGCAUAGGUCAGUUUUGUUACCCUCCAUUUUGUGUUCAUUUGUUCAAUGCAAUUCUAGACAUUUUAUCUUACAAAAGAAAACAACCUUAUGAAAAUGACUAGAUGAUUAUGUCGAACAGGAAGUGGUUCUAUUUCUUUGUUGACCCAUUUUCUUUCAGCCUCUUAAAAUUUUAUGUUCGCCUCUCAUUGGUUGGUUUGUUUACCAUCCGACAUGCACUAUUUUAUGACUCAAUAAACGUUUGUUAACAAAA